ACUUCACAUGCUUAGCCUCAAGAACUCUCCAAAACAACAAACUUCUAUCAUGUCUUAAACUCAACUAGUUCAACCUCGGGUCAGUGAACAAGAUAACUGUGCUCCAAGCACACGCAUGUUGGUCUCAGCGGCAGAUAUGCCCCUCGCCAGCAAAGCUGCAUACAACUUCAAUCAACUCACCAUCAAACCAUACAUAUCGUCAGCUCUACCGGACAGAGCGUGCUCUUUCACCUGUCUCUUUCGGACUCAACAUCAUCUGUUGCCACCGGCAUAAGACACCCUCGGACAUCAUGGCCUUCCUCAACCCCGUCCACGGACUCGUCGUCCCCUUCCUCUGCCUCUUCACCAUCCCCAUGGCCAUCUUCGCUGGUAUCACCUCCGCCCUCGCCUUCUCUCUGCUCAUGUUCCGCGUAGCCAUCGUCUACGUCGACAUAGCCAUGGCAUUCGUCCCCCAAUUCAUCAAAGGCCGUCACUACCAUAGCAUCACCGACGGCGAACUCCUCACUCCACGCCGCCUAUCCUCCAGCAGCAGAGGCAGCUUCGGAAACAGAGCCGGCGAAAGUGGGGACAAAUCGCCCUCAGCCGUCGUCUCCCCCUCCCCUUACUACCAAAACGGUUACGACUCCCACCAGCGGAGUCCCCUCCGCCGUAAGAGCAGUUACGGCUUUGGCUCUGUUCGUCGCUCUCGCCGCUCUAGUCAAGCAUCCAUCUCACCAACCAUCACCUCCAUACUCGAAGACGGCGAGAUGAUCCCCCCUCUACCCGAGUCCGGAGGGCUGGCACCCUCCGUCGGCAUCGAGCGAGACUUUGAAGGGGUAGGCGGUUGGAAAUUCAACGACAACAAGGACGACGACGGCUGGGAGAACAUCAACUCACGCCUGGAACUCCCCAUGGAAAGGUGCUCGAGCUUUGGAGGUCGGUACCAUCACAGUCUGAGCCAUCGGUCGCAUAGUGCUGGGCCGUCGCAAUCGUUGGAGGGGGGCUGGAUGGGGGGAAGUACCAGUAGUAGAAAGGGGACUUUGAGGAAUGGAAGUGGACCAAGUGGAUCGGGACAUGGUGCCGAGGCGCAAACGAGUUGGCAUGGUACGGGUGCCAGGGCGAAUAGGAGCGCUUUGGGGAGCAUUUCCAAGACGUUGGCUUUGACGCCGGGUGAUAGGAGGAAUAAUAACCAUUAUGGAAAUGGGGCGUCGCCGAUGGGCAUGUUGGAGCAGGAGCAGGGGUAUUUUGCUGGUUUCACUUCUCAGAAUGGGAAGUGGAGGCCUAUGGCGUGAAUAAUCAUGAUGUACCGCUUGUUCGAUUUUGCCGAUCUGGACAAUGUUGGUGGCGGCUGUGUUUAGUACAUAAUCAGGAUCGCUUUUUUCAGCGGACACAACAUUGUAUACCAAAUUAUAAGGAUAGAACAAGGCUGGGUAUUAAGGGAAAGCGACAAUAAAGCUCAACAUACUUCGAUAUGAUC